GGAGCAGUGGGCGGGUUUGAUUCCCCACACCUCCCCAUAAGUGGCAGACUCUAAACUGGCUAACACUUAGCAGCAAUGGCAGCCAAAAGCAAGCAAGCUAUGCUGAAUGGAAGCCACCAGGGGGAUAACGCCCUCCAAAGAUUCUUGCGAUUGCCGAUGGUGAAUUCGGCAUGCAUCAGCCUCCAAAAGACAUACAAUGCUACCAAAGAAUUGCAUCCUCUAGUGGCGUCGGUGUGUGAAGCUUACGAGAGAGGAGUCCAAGCCGCCAGCUCCCUUGCCAGGUGGAGUGUGGAACCUGUCGUACAGAAGCUAGAACCUCAGCUUGCAGCUGCCAACGUCUUGGCCUGCCAAGGGCUGGAUCACUUGGAGCAAAGGAUUCCUGCCCUUCACAAGCCAGUGGAGGAAGUGACCUCUGAACUAAAGGACUCCAUCCACACUCAUGUCCAAAGCACUGUGCACUCUAUAGCUGAUGCCCUGGACCGGAUCUUGGGGCUGGCUGCAGAAAGGUACAAGCAGACUCAAUCUACUGUGAGGGAGGCAGCCAAAGGCACCAGGAGCAGUCAAGUGAGCCACCUGGCUGAAACAGGGGUGGACACAGCCACCGGAAAGGUGAAGAAGUUGGUGGACCUCCUCCUUUCAAAACCUAAGAGUAACUCAGUUCGUGUGGAUUCAGGGGUUCACGCCUCAAGGGAAGGAUUUCCCUCCAGCAUUUUUAGAAAGAUCAGAACUUUGGCCCACACUGUUUUCCAGCAUGCCUACAGAGAGACAACCCGAGCCGCCCAGCACACCAGAGACAAGGGACAAGAAUGGGCGAUGUGGAUUCCAGGCCUGGGUGGUUUGGCCCAGCAAGUCUUCUCCAAAAUACAAGAAUCAACAAGCGAAGGGCAGAGAAAGGCAUCUGAGAAAGAGGAAGAAAGAAAGAACAAAGAUGACACAACAAACAUGAAGUCUUUCCUCCGGCCCGCCAGUGGAGAUGAGGGCCAGGCCUCGAUGGUCAACCAGACUUGGAAUGUGCAAACAGCCAAUUUCGCCACCAUCUCUGCUGAGGAGGGAGACCACGUCACACCCUGUGAUGCUGCGGGGCAGCGCUCGCACCUCUCCCCACGCAGGGCGGUGCCAGAACUGAGCACAAAAGUGGCCGUGUUGUGGGAGAUCUUGCAGGCCGCCACCAGCAGCCUUCUGGGAGUUCUCUCCCACUAUGUACCAGUUGCAAGGCUCUUGGUGAAGGAAGACAGGACUGCGACCGUGGCAACGGAUGGGGCUGAGACAGCCCAGUUGCAGAAAAGUGACCAGCCAGCCACUCAUGCCCAGGAAAGGACCCAUUACCAGCCACAGGGAGACUGGCGGUCCAACCGUGGCCAUUUUCCCCUCUCAUUCCUCAAUCUCGAUGAGCCCACCCCGGCGCAGCAAGCCCCCUUCCAACACCGGGCCCCAGCUUUCGAAGCCGACCACCCCGGCACCCGCAAAUCUGCCUUCUCGCCAUACAAAGAGGCAGCCGGCAGCCGGCGGUUGAGCGAAGGGCUGUGCCGCCCCAGCUUAGAGUCUGCCUACGGGAAGGUUCACUACACAGGCCUCCACGGCACCGCCCUUAAGAAAGACUGAAGGGAAGACAACCCAAGCUCGGUAUCUCUUUUCAGUCCAAGUCGGCUAAUUCUUCUUUGCAAGCUUUCACAAGUUCCUUUUGAACUGGGACCGUAGCUUACCUGUCAUGCUGUGUGUGGAAGCCAAAUUUUGGGGGUGGGGGGUGUUGUGCGGAUGCUUAAAAUAUAUGAAUGGAAGGAUCAGGGAUUUGCUCAAAAGACAGUUGCCAUUUAUGCACUUGUGGGCUACUUCGCAUCAAGUCCACAUUCCCUUCGGGUUGGAUUCACAGUAAUAUUUUCCCCUCCCCCAAACUCACCGUGGAAUCUCUGCAGUUUCCAAAAUGUCGGAAAGAGCAACUUUGCAUCACCCUUAGCAGGAAAAGCCAAGGGAGACAGCAAGCAUUUGGCCGUAAGUCUGUUAUUUUGGCAUUGAGAAAUUGUUAGCAUCACAUAUAUCAGAUCAGUUAUUUGUUUGUUUGGAAACUUUUACCUGCUUAUAAUGAACACCUUGCUUCAAUAAACGAUAGCUUCUGCAGAUUA